CUCAAAGUUUUUUGUCUCCUAUAAUCAGGCAAGAACCACUGAAGUAGAUCCUGACUGGACACUUCUUGAAACAAAUUUAUGCCAAAGGCAAAACAAACAUGUGAUACUUAACCACGUUUUCGUUUGUGGGAUACUUGUAGUUCCUGCGGCGUUUGGCUUCAGACAGCUAUGGGAUCCCAAGUCUCACAAGUCAACGAUGAGUACUGCCGCGUCCAACAUGUGUUGAAGCAAAACCUCCAACAAGCUCCGUCGCACACCGGCGUUCUGAAUGCAACGAUCCGAUUGCGGGUCAGAGACUUGCCUUUGAGUUUAGGGCUGCGAAGAGAUGUUUCUUCCUUGGUUCUUUUCUAUUGCAGCCCUGCAGAUGUUGGACGGCUUUCUGGUGCGAACCGGAGUGUCCAUGAAUUCUGUGAGACAGAUGCUAUUUGGGAAGGCAUGCUGAAAGCAGAUUUUUGGCAGACCCCAACAAGCCCAACUACAAAGCUGCAUUCGCGGCUGCAUCAUGUCUCACAGCGGCAUCUCAGCCUAUUGAAUCGUGAUGUCCUGGGAUUUGGAGCGCGAGACCCAAGUCAAAAAUCAUCCAGAAACAAGUUGAUAAAACGGUGGCAAGGUGAAGUGAUAUUCAGAAGAAAGCAAGCCUUGAGAGCAAGAAUGGAGAUGUUGCAGAUGGAGAUGAACUCCAGAAUUCAGGAGUGCCGUGAGAAGUGGACAUAUGUCAUCAAACGACGGAGGUUUUUUGCUUGCGCACUUUGGGGCAUGGGCCUGGCGGGUUUUCUGAAAGUCUCACGCAGUUUCAUAUCUUUGCACACGGUCCAGAUGAUAAUUCUUGCAACUUACCGGCUAUUCUACAGAUUUGCUGAUGUGUUGUUCCGCUUUUUCAUUCCUGCAGCUCUGUGCGAACAAGUCCUUAUGAAGAAGAGUUCAGGCUCGUCACGAUUUCGGCAGAUUCUGCUCUUAAUUGCCAGCAUUUUCUUGCAGCACCUGCCCAUCGCCAGCUUGUGGUGGUGGCAAAGCCUCGUGGGUGUCUUUUCGGUUUGGCUUGCAGGCUGCAGUGUCAUGGCUGUUGGUGGCAUUGGUAUAGUAUUGAUUGCCUCUUUUCUUGCAGGGGGAGCUUAUUUUACUUUGAGCCGUGCCAGAUAUUUGGAGUUUUCAGCAGUAGAGCAGCGUGACCAGCAGGAAGCUUUCAUCUACCAUGAGUACCAGGCUGAGAUUCGGAAAUGCCGUAUAGGGCUUGGUCUCCCACCGGAUGAAAAAACAAGCAACUGCAAUUGCCAGGUUCUUUGAAGCUCUCAUCAUUGACUGACCAGUCUUAUGCUGUUCAGCUGCCACUCGUGGUGACGUCUUCAUUGAAAAAGGCAGAUGCGUCAAGCAGCUGAUGCUCAUUGCGGUCUUUUUGUGCAACAGCUUCCUUAAGUCUGGUGGCAGGACAAGUGUUGC